AUGAUAAUUUCAAAAAUUGACUUAUUUUCAUCUCAAUUUUCAUUUAAUGUGAACGAUAAACAUAUGAAAAAAGGUACUAUUUUAGGCGCAUUUUUAUCAAUUUUAGUAAUUUUAACAAGCUUGGCAUAUUUUGUGUACAUUUUAAAGGAAUACAUAACAAACUAAAUUGAGCCAACCUAUAGAUCUCAAAGCUUCGUAACUGAUCAUACACUCAAUAUCCCCUUAAGCAGUGACCUGAUUGCCUUUAAAUUUGACUAUGGAAACAACUAUUUGCUAGAAAAAUAAAAAGAAAAGACAUACAUCGUUUAUAUUGCAUUCUUUUACUAUCAAAGUAACGAUGACUAGCAAUUCAUAACUCUAGACGUUAUUGACUGCACUAACCCUAACCUUUUAGGAUUUAAGUGUGUCGAUUUUACUAAUCUUUCUAACUACACCUUGGCACACAAUUCAUAGAUUAACUUGUAGUCUUCAAUAUAAAUAUUAACUUAUGGAUGCAGAGAUAUUGAUAGUAUUAAAACAACUAUGCCUAAUAAUUGUGCGGAGUAAUCAGAAAUAGAUAAUAUUAUUAAUGGCUUAAACGCUGGCUAAAAAUUUAAGCUUUACACUUCUUAGUAUAAUGCAACCUCAUAAGAAUUAUAAGUAAAUUACAGAAAUUUGAUAGUUUAUACAUUUUCAACGUAGUCAAUUACAACUAUCUUAAAUACAUCGAUUCAAAAUACUUCUGUAAAAUAAGGCUUAAUAAUUUAAAAAGAAGAAACUUAUUCUACUCCCCUUUCUUACUCAUAAAUAAAUUAAGGACUAGAUAGAUAACAAGCACUUUCAAUCGGGGUAGGUCCAUAUAAUAUAGCAUUGUUGUAAGUUGAUGAAAUAGUUUAGUAUGUUCAAAUAUAAUACCCAACUUUGCCUUAAAUUCUUGCUCUGGUAAACAGUAUUUUUGCCUUAUUAAUGCUAAUUGGUAUUAUAGGUCGCUAUGCUUCUUAGAGAUCGAUACAAAAAGACUUUUUAAUGCUUUUUUUGAAGACAAUUUAUCAAGAUUAUUAUUUUAAAAAUUUAAAUGUUGCUAAUUUUUUCAAUAAUUAAUCAUAAUAACAGUAAGUAGAAGUUAAGGAAUAGGAAAAUGAAGAGAAAAAGAUACAUGAAGAUGGUGAAAAAGUUGAUGAACUACACGAAAAUGGUAUACUUGUACCCACUUUUUAAAAUAAACAAAAGUAAAGUCUAGACUUAGAAUAACCAAAAAAUAUUACUUAAGCCAAUAGCUUUAAAUUAAAAUUUCAAGAUAAACCAUUUUCUUAAGAGUAAAAAGAAGUUUUAACUGAAUGUGUGAAUACUGAUACACCUUUGAAUAAUAAUAAUAAAGAUGAGAGGAUAGAUAAAAUUUUGAUAUUACCAUAAGACUCUGUAAUAGAAGGUUCAAACACAAACUAAGAUAGUCAUUGGGGCGAUGAUGCUGUUAGCUAAUUCUCAUACUCAUAUAGACCAAACCUAGCAUUAUCUAUUAAGAGGUCUAAUUCAAGCUAAUUUUACAAUUAAAAGCUCAGAAAUAACCGCCUAAAAGAAAUAAAAAAUUAAGAGUCUUAGAUGAUUCUGAGAAAACUUUCAACAAUACAUAACUAAAAUGUUUAAACCAAAGUUGAGAAUGUAAUCUUCAGCAAGAAGACUUUUAAACAAUAAGAUUAAAUAAAUUUAAAACAAAAAAAUAAUAAAAUGAUGAAGAAGAUUGAGUAACAAAUUCAGAAAGAACUGAAUAUAUUAAAUUUUGUUAAGGAUAUUUUAUUCUUGAAGAAAGCUAUUUUAAUGAUGUUAAGUCAAGAACAGCUGGCUGCACUCUAAGCCAUUAGCUGUUCACAGAAUUUUUUAGAUUUAAAUUUAAAUGAGAAAUUUGAAAACAUGAAAUAACUUGAGGAACAAUUUAGCUUAAGCCAUUAUGAAAAAUCAUUUGCUCUUAUGGAAAAUAGCAAAUUUUAACUAGAGUAUUUGAAUAACUUCUUAAAUAGGUGUCAAAAUGAUGAUAAUUUAAGCCCACUAGACUUAAAAAUUAUAUAAACUCUUAAAAAGUGUCAUAUUAAUUGA